CAUGUGUAUCUCACUCCAGUCUCACUGAGCUCUCCAUCUGUGUGUGUGUGUGUGUCUCCAUUGGUCCUGAUCUACAGAAGAAUAUGGCACCAGUCGGGUCCAAGAGGGGUAUUCUGGAGCGCCUGGGCGCGGGUGAGGUGGUGAUUGGAGACGGAGGGUUCGUUUUCGCCCUAGAGAAGCGAGGAUACGUGAAGGCCGGACCCUGGACACCAGAGGCCGCAGCUGAGCACCCGGAGGCCGUGCGACAGCUGCACAGGGAGUUCCUGCGGGCCGGCUCUAAUGUCAUGCAGACCUUCACUUUCUACGCCAGCGACGACAAGCUGGAGAACAGAGGGAACAAGCUGACGUACACCGGCCAGCAGAUUAACGAGGCGGCGUGUGACCUCGCCAGAGAAGUGGCCAAUCAGGGCGAUGCGCUGGUGGCGGGCGGAGUCUCGCAGACACCCUCUUACCUGAGCUGCAAGAGCCAAGAAGAGGUCACCAAGAUCUUCAAGAAGCAGCUCGACGUCUUCAUCAAGAAGAAUGUGGACUUUCUGAUCGCAGAGUACUUCGAGCACGUGGAGGAGGCCGAAUGGGCCGUCCAGGCUCUGAAGGCGACAGGGAAGCCUGUAGCGGCCACGAUGUGUAUAGGACCUGAAGGAGACAUGCACGGCGUGAGCCCGGGAGAGUGUGCCGUCAGACUGGUCAGAGCAGGUGCUGAUAUCGUGGGUGUGAACUGCCACUUUGACCCCAUGACCUGUGUGAAGACCGUGGCCCUGAUGAAGGCGGCCGUGGAGAAAGCCGGUCUGAAAGCGCAUUAUAUGGCGCAGCCGCUGGCGUACCACACACCCGACUGCAGCUGUCAGGGCUUCAUCGACCUGCCCGAGUUCCCCUUCGCCCUGGAGCCGCGGAUCCUGACGCGCUGGGAGAUGCAGCAGUACGCCAGGGAGGCCUAUAAGGCGGGCAUUCGCUUCAUCGGCGGCUGCUGCGGGUUCGAGCCAUAUCACAUCCGCGCAGUAGCCGAGGAGCUCGCGGUCGAGAGAGGAAUUCUGCCCGAGGCCUCAGAGAAACACGGCAUGUGGGGUGCCGGCCUGGAGAUGCACACCAAACCCUGGGUCAGGGCCAGGGCACGUCGUGAUUACUGGGAGAAACUGAAGCCCGCGUCGGGACGCCCGCUGUGCCCGUCCAUGUCCACGCCCGACGGCUGGGGGGUCACCAAAGGUCACUCCGAGCUCAUGCAGCAGAAGGAGGCCACAACCCAAGACCAGCUGCGCCCGCUCUUCCAGAAAGCCGACGCCAAAAACUGACGGGGUCAGAGGUCGAGCCGAGAGAAGCAAGUUCUCCUCCUCGGUGUCGUUUAUCAACCAAACGCCACAUGUGACCCUGGAACACAAAACCAGUCACAAGGGUCAGCUUUUUAAAUUUGAGAUUUAUACAUCACACGAAAGCUGAAUAAAUAAGUCUCCACUGAUAUGUGGUUUGUUAGGAUAAGACAAUAUUUGGCCGAAAAAUCUAAACAUUAAGAAAAUCGCCUUGAAAGUUGUGAUGUUCCCGAUUGUGAUGCAUUCACUCUCUAAUAUAAAUGUUUGAUAUUUACGAUUGGAAAUUUACAAAAUAUCUUUAUGGAACAUGAUCUUUACUUAAUAUCCUAAUGAUUUUUGGUAUAAAAGGAAAAUGGAUAAUUUUGACCCAUUCAAUGGACAGUUGGCACAGAAACACACGUGCAACUCGAGACUGGGUCUGUGAUCAGGGUCACAUGUCAUGAAUGGGAUUGUUUACUUCAGCAGGACCAGACGUUCUGUAGAAACCAAAUAAAUGUGUUUAAAAGUUUAAUGUAGCGUUUGGAGGUGUAAUCGGCAUGUUCUACUCUCCAGUCUUCAGACGACUGCAUUCCAGAUGUGCAGAACACUCCAGUCUGACGCAGCGUUUCCAUUUUUGAUUGCUCAAUAAACGUCAUCAUGAUCUCACCA